AUGUUCUUCGGUCUGGGGAAACUGGUCUACGUCAUCGUGUUGAUUAUCAACGCCAUCGCAGUCCUCUCCGAAGAUCGUUUCCUGGCACGAGUCGGAUGGGGCCGUACACAGGUUGACACGGGGUUUGGUGCGACCCACGAUAGCACCAGCGUCAAGGCCAAAUUCGUCGAUUUAAUCGCCAGUGUCCGGACAGUGAUGCGAAUACCCCUGAUCGUGAUAAACACUAUAGUCAUCAUCUACAAACUUAUCCUCUGA